AUAGCCGCCCAUUCUGGCUUUGCAUGAGUAUGUUCUGUUUUUGCUAAUUUUGAAGAAGAGUUUGUUCAUUGUUGGACUGAUAUGUGAGGAGGAAGAGGACCCCCAUAACCUUAACCUCACAUUCAUCAUCAAAAUCUCUCUAUCAUCUCCUUCUUCUUCUUGUUCAUUUCUUCUCAUUGUUUGUUUUAGGGUUUUUCUUAGAGAUUACAGAUCUCGAGGUUGUUGGGUUUGGACCUACUUCUCUGUAGCUUCAAUCCCAACUACCCAAAUCUGUACUGUAUUCCUCCACUUCAUUGAUAUUGUUUUUUAAGCACAAAUUAAAGUUCUCAUAUGGGUCUUUGUAUCUAGACUCUCUUUCAAUCAAUCCUUCAUCCUUGUAUGUGUUGUUUCUUGUUCCAGGUGUCACAGACACCCAUAUGAGAUCUUGAGCUACCCCACCACCACCUGGAUUGGAUUUCCCUAAAGGGUUUAUUGUGUUAUUGCUCUUUCUUUCUGUUCCUUCUCACUUUUGAAGGACAACUGUACAAUAUGUCAUGUUUUGCUUUUUUUGAUUAGAGAUUAUCCCCAAAAAAGGAGAAAAAAGUUUGUUCCUUUGAAUUCUAAAUUUUGCUUAGGCUGCUUUUCCCUACCAAAGUUGCAUAUUUUUCAUCUGCAGUUCGUGCAACGGAUGACCAGAUUGUUCUUCUGAGUUGUAGACUUUGACUAGGAGGAGGAGCAGGAGGAAGAGGCCCACUCGUGGGUUGGUGGGCUUCGCUUGAACCAAUACGGAAAACCCUUAUAAGUUAUAUCUAUAGGUUGUCUUCAUUUUGUUGAAUAGGCCACUCUGCUUUAUCAUCUUUGUUUAUUGAUUCUGUUCUUUUCAAGAGGUAGGUGUGAAGGGGGGAGACAAAUACAAUUUAGGUUUUGCCUCUCUGUUUCUUUUCUUUGCCUUUGCUUUUUUCUUCAAUUGGGUUCCUCCAUUUGAUCAUUUUAUGCCAAGCUUGGAUUUGGCUAUUGAAGAAUUCCACUUUUUUAUUCUUUAAUUUUUAAUUAGUGAUGCUACUUUACUUCCUCAUCACUUGUUUCUCCUUCAUCUUCCUUUUUAAGUCUUUCCCUCUCAAGCCACUUCCACCAUGGGCAUCUGAGAUAAGGUUGCUGUCUCUUUGUUUCUGGAAACAAGUUUCAAUCUUCUCCAUCUCCAACUUCACAAAGAACACUCUUUGCAGAUUCUAUAUUCCCUCAACAAAAAAGAUGGGUUCCAGUCCACAAGUUGAAGCCACUAAUGAGGACUCAGGUAUGACUGUGCUGGACUUGCCUGAACUGACCUUGGAAUGCAUUCUUGAGAGGCUACCACCAUCAGGGCUUUGUAGUAUGGCUGGUGUUUGUAGCUCUUUGAGGGAAAGAUGUGUUAGCAAUCACUUGUGGGAAAAGCAUAUGAAGCAAAAAUGGGGUGGACUAAUGGGUCCAGCUGCACAUAGAGAGUGGCAAUGGUACCUAGCUUGCAGAGAUUCAGCCAAUCUCAGGCAAGGUAAGCAGAGAGGCCUAACGAGGCUUCUCUCAAUAGUUUGGCCCUUUUGGUGGGUAGGAUCAAGAGUUGUUGACAGUACGACUUACAGCAAGCAGACGAGUUAUUUGCCUGUUGAUUCAAUCAUGUCUUGGUACUUAGCUCUUGAGACUGGCAAGUUUUGGUUCCCUGCUCAGGUUUACAAUCGUGAGAAUGGGCAUGUUGGGUUUAUGCUGUCUUGCUAUGAUGCUGAGCUAAGCUAUGACCCCCGGACCGAUACAUUCCAAGCCAGGUAUCCACCACAUGGUAGGAGAGCAAUUGCUAUUGAGACUAAUGUGCCUUGGGAGAGGUUAAGAGCACCCCCUGUUGACUCAUCCCCUCAUGAUCUUCACAUAUCUGAUUGUUUGAACGAAUUAUGCCCUGGAGAUCACAUUGAGAUUCAGUGGAGAAGAAACAAAGAAUUCCCAUAUGGAUGGUGGUAUGGUGUUGUCGGUCACCUUGAGUCAUGUGAUGGAAACGAAACUUACUGCCGUUGUCAUAACAAUGACACCGUGGCGUUGGAGUUCAAUCAUUACACCCCUGGCUCACGAUGGAGGCGUACAACAAUCAGCAGGAAAGAGCAUAGGGAAGAAGGGAAUGAAGCAGAUGGGUUUUAUGGUGGAAUUCGAAAGCUUAAAAGUAACGAAGAGAUUUCCAUAUGGAGGCGACUUUGGCCAGUACAAGUAUUGGAAUAGGCUUUUCUAUUACUACAAAAGCUUAUUACAUCAUUUUUACUGUGAAAGAUCCUUGUACAUUUCCUCCACUUAUUGAGUACAAAAUUGCCACUUACAUCGGGUUAGCACGCCAGAGCAAGAAGUAAUUGACGCUUGGAUCCUCAUCAACAAUGUUCUUAUACUUGAACUAUUAUAUAUCAAUUUUUUACAUGGAAGAUUUUAGCUUUCUAAGGAUAUAUAUGUGCACCUUUUAUGUGAUUUUCCUCCAUUGGUACAAUUUUGAUGUACCAUAUGUAGUUAUACUCCAAGAAAUAUAGAGGUUUUAGAAGCUGA